AGGUUGCACCUCCUAGUUUUCCACGUGGCAUGGAACGCCUCAAAACAACAACCUAACGUUGAGCAUACCGUCUCAUAGCAUUUAUUAACGCGUUGGCGAUGGGAAUAUCUCAUUCAGAGUGCACAUAUUUUAUGGAUGUAUGCUUGGAAACUUUUACUUCGGCGAUAUGUUGGCCAGACUUCCACGAGGAGCGGUCAACGAGCCUGGUCCCGAGGAUGAGUUUGUAAUGUGUAAGUUUUUGUACAAGGCUCCAGAUUUGAGAGCUAUGCGUCCUAGGUUUGUAAGUUGAUUCGGUUGACACUGUUGGAGGAUGAAGGCUAAUUCCAUCUAAAUUAAAAUAACACACUCUACUGCUGCCACCAAGUUGGCUCUUGGGUGUGAUGCCCCUCUAUCGCUUUCGAGAUUUCCCUAAGGAGGUCCAUGGCACUCCCUGAGCGAUGGAAGAUAGCUGUGGCAUAUAAACUCGUUUAUUCUCUAAGCAAAAUGAUAUUCCUAUAUUGCAAAAUUACGAGGUAGAAUUUGGGAGAAGCUUUCAUGCGGGUCACCACACGGAUCAAUUUGGACUGUGUUUCGAACUCUUCAGCGUUGUCGCUGCUCCUCUUUCUCGUAGCGACUUUUCCCCUUGCGGUGAAUUUCGAGAAGUUACCCUAUUGCCUCUAUUUCGUGUUAUGUAGCUGUUUGUUAUGAAGAGCGAGAGGUGAAUUCUUCGGAUUUAGCCCAGCUGGGCGAGAGUUACUGCUAUAUCUUCGCGGUUCUCCUCCUUUCCCCCCCUUUCUCCUCUAUACUCCACUCAUCUCACGAUAAACAUCCUCAUUCUACCCUCGUCUUUUCAACAUUUCCAACAUCCAUUUUCCACAUCUUUCUACAGAACUUGCGAUCUGCACCCGUCACUCUUCGUUUUGAUCCUUUGCGAGAGCUCCUUCUGGUAGCGAACCUGAGAUUUGAAAGACGUGCUGCACCCAGUUUUCUUGUCCCUAAGACUGAUCAAAAAUCAUAUAACAAACUCUUGUGUUGUUAUUUAUUGUUUUACAAAACAUAGACAGGUUUAGAAUUUUUGACUAGAAGAAAUUUAUCACUGUCAAAAGCUUUAUCAAGCUUUUGAAAGAAAGAAUGGCUGAACAAAGAGUCAAUCAAUACACUUCUGUGUCAACUGCACAAUCAGAAACCGCAUCCACAGUGAUUCAUUGUCAGCAUUCAUCUCCUCCAGAGGCCAAUCACACUUGCCAUCACAUUGAAACCCAGAGCUGCAGUGAUGAGAACCUUCCUCCACUUUUAUUCCAGCUGGAUCCCCCGACUGCGCCUAGUACAACCCCAAUUCCCAACCUAGUUGAGAAUGGCCAGGAAGUUAAAGACCACGACGGGGCUGUGAUCCGUGACUUCCCAUUCCUGCCACGCUACAUAUCGAAGCGGCCCCUGGCCUGGCAGCUGGAGUACUGGAUGAGGUUGGAUUCACGACUGACAUAUCGGGAUAUCAAGGCCCGAAUGACAGUUGAGAAGGCCGACCUCCCCAGUGACAACUCCCUCAACAUGCGGCGAGAACGGGAGGCUCGCGCGCCUCUUGGGUUGUCAUGUUGGACAAUCCGGCGCGGGGCUGUGACAAGGGCCGAGAUAGAGCGGGUGGAAAAGUUGAAUCGAGAGCAGGUGCGGCUAAAUACCACAAUGGACGUGGAAUACUCUGACAAGUUAGCCGAUGAGCGGGCAGCUGUGCCAGAACGUCUUCGAGCAAGGAACCUUGCUGGUACUCCGCCAGCUUGUUACCCUUUGGACAUGUUUCUGGUGAACAACCUAUUUCAUGUCCCAAGUACCAGGCUGGCGGAGGCGUUAGCUUUGCACGAGCAGCUGUUGGAGGCGGUCGCAAACUCCAACGUCAACAACUGGCGAGAACUCCCGCUCGACCAGCUUCCUCCUUCCUGGGACCGAAGAAGGGGGAAUAAUCGACGAGCAGACGCGACCGCCCCGGACGACGCAUCUCGAGAAGCAGCACCACACCAGGUCCAAGGAACGGGCGGACAAGCCAAUCCCAGUCCAGUUGGUCCGAACGAUAAUGACCAACAGGUUGGGAUUACCAGGCUUCUCAACCCGUCCCAGGGCCCUGCUCUCCCCGGAGCCGCCACUCUCAAUGACCAGUUUACUGGAACUGGUCAGACAAAUAUAUCGAGCGGCACCGCUGGAUAUCAUACCUGGGAAGGGGUGGGAGAUCCGCAAAUCCCAGCCGCUGUGGGGUUUCCAAAUGAAUUUGGAUAUGGGUUUGGGGGUAUGCGCCACGGCCUGCUAGGGUUUAGAGAGACAUUUGGCUCAGACAACGAUUUCGGUUAUCAACCGAACCCAUCUGUCACUGCGAACCCGGGUGUCGAUCAGGAAGGGUACGAUCCGUACAUCGGCCAUCACUUACCUGCCUCCAUUCCCCAUAAUUACAACCCCUUUGGCCCGCAGCAGCAGCAGGAGAUGCAGCCCAUUGUCUCUAGCCCUCAGACGACCUCACCGAGUGGCCAUCGCCAACCAGGUCCAUCAAUGGCACAAAGCGACCCACAGCGCUCGCCUGGUUGGAUGGCCCCCUGUUCUGAUGAUAUGGAUGUGUCCACGCCAGUCAACCAAGAACAGGACGAAGAGGAGUUUCACCGGUUCAACGGCUCGGGCCCACAUUCAAUUCGCCAGAACCCAGCUCAUCGCCUGAACAUUGAUACGGACGCUAUCAUGCAGCGCAAUGAUCCGUUUAGACGUCUUCAAGAACGGCUCGCGCCCGUUAGUUCCUUCGAAGACUUCAUGGAGGACGAAAUGGGGCAAUAGAAACCAAUUGGCUCCCUGCUUUUCUAAAGGUUGUUACAACCACCUCAUGUGGUUGGAAAUUAAAUAGAACCUGACCGCCAAGCUACUAGGUUUAAAUUUCCUCUCCAAGUUCCAAAAAUCUCAACUUCCGAAUGGCUUUUUCAAAGCGCGAUUAUAUGAACUCUUUUUCUUUCACUUUACCGAAGAUACCCAAAGCCAUGUCUACCAAACUUUCUUCUUUGCUACAUGUAAAGAUUUUGCAAAUUCCUUUCACGCCCAGGUUCAAAAUUUCUAUCGCCGUCCACGUGAACCAUUGGCCCAGGGGUAUUCCUGGCAGCUUACGACCAUCCGACCUAGCGACAGGAUACAUGUCCAAGCCGGAGUUUUCAAAACGAGAGGGUAGAAAAUUCUAUUUAGUUAUCGUGGUUACGAAUAGGCUGCAUACAGCGUGUUGAUAUCCCUAUUUUGAUUUUGAAUUGCCCGAUUCUUCCUACUCAUAUUCUGCUCUGUCAGUUUUCUCAUUCUGGUUUUAGUUAAUGUGUUUUCUAACUGCUUUACCGUGAACUUCUUCCAACUGACACGGACGGACCAUAAUUUGGCGUGAUUGCUUAUUCCAGUGAUUUUGUUUCCCACCCUCAUGAUGCCGCUUUACGAUUCUUUAUGCAUGUUUACUAGAGUCUGGUUCGGUUUUUCCGUUGUUACGAAAUUUACUUCUGGAUAACACAUUGAAAUUUUAAACACAAUUGAUUUUCUCUAACGUCUAUUUCUCAGAGGUAAUUUAAC